AAAGAGCAGCAGCCACAAGUGAAGCAUAAGCAAAGAAACAAACACUCCUCAGUUAGUACAUCAGAAGCAAGCAGAACAAAUAUUAACACAACACAAUCUCAUUUCUUCGUUAAAGAAACAUGGGUAUUUUGUACGAUGAUGUGGUCAUCAUCAGACAGUCAGAGAAAGAAUCCGACCUUAGUGUCAUCACAAUCAACUGUCCUGAUAAAACUGGCCUGGGCUGUGAUUUAUGCCGCAUCUUACUCUUCUUUGGCCUCAACAUUGUUAGAGGAGAUUUAUCUACGGACGGGAAGUGGUGCUACGUAGUGUUUUGGGUGUCGGGAAAUUCAUCAACAAGAUGGGGUCUUUUGAAGAAGAGACUAUUAGGAGUGUGUCCUUCUUGUUCUUCAGCUUCUGGGAUUUCUUAUUACCGUCCUCAAUCUCCAAGGCCUCCGGAUGUCUUUCUCCUCAAAUUAUGCUGUCAGGACAGGAGAGGCCUCUUACACAAUGUGACUGAGGUGCUGUGUGAGCUUGAACUCACUAUUAAAAAAGUUAAGGUAUCCACAACGCCAGACGGGACAGUGAUGGACCUUUUCUUCGUUACAGACACCAGGGAGCUUCUACAUACAAAUAAGAGAAAGGAAGAUACAUUUGAUCACUUAAAAGCUGUUAUGGGAGAUGGCAUGAUAAGUUGUGACAUAGAAAUGGUUGGCCCUGAAAUUACUAUAUGCUCACAAGAAUCUUCAUUUCUUCCGACUACAAUCACAGAAGACAUGCUUUACUUGGCCAAUCCUGAGGAACCACCUGGCUCACUUGCUUCUGGUAGUGUUUCUGUCACGAUGGACAACUCAUUGAGUCCUGCUCACACACUUGUUCAAAUCGUGUGCCAAGAUCAUAAGGGCCUCCUUUACGACAUAAUGAGAACUCUGAAGGAUUACAAUAUAAAGAUAUCUUAUGGCCGCUUCUCUAGCAAACAAAGAAGAAAUUGCGAAAUUGACUUGUUUAUCGUUCAAGCUGAUGGGAAGAAAGUAGUCGACCCUAGCAAGCAGAGAGCAUUGUGCUCUCGUUUGGAGAUGGAACUACUGCGUCCUCUUAGAGUAGCUGUAGCCAGUCGUGGUCCUGACACGGAGCUACUAGUGGCAAAUCCUGUCGAGUUAUCUGGCAAGGGAAGACCACUAGUAUUUUUUGACAUCACACUUGCUCUCAAGAUGCUUAACACCGGCAUUUUCUUGGCUGAGAUUAGAAGGCGUAUGAUUGGCGAUCGGGAAUAUGAAGUUUACAGAAUCUUAAUCGAUGAUGGGGAAGGUUUGUCCGUCCCGAGAAGCAAAAUUGAGGAAGGAGUUUGGAAACAAUUAAUGGGCUGGGACUGGUAAAUGAUCAUUAGUUGUCAUUCCUCUUGAAAGCUUUGAUACCCUGCAGUGUAAGUUAUUAUAUUAAGUUAUAAAAUAUAUUUAGGGGUGUGCAAAGUCUAAACCAAACCGAAUAACCGAUCUCAACUGACAAAUUCAGAUUGGUUUGAUAUUGUUAAAAAAAUUUGUUUUCUGAUUCGGUUCGGAUUUGGAAGUGAAAAAAUGUAAGCUUUUGAUACAAACUGAACUGAACCUAAUGGAUCAGUUUGGUUUGAAAUAUUUAAAUCUUUGUAAUUUUGGUUCGGUUCGGUUUAAACUAAAUGCACACGUCUAAGUAUAGUACCUGAAAGGCGGUGUGUUCAACUUCCGCUUCACAUCUAGGCUUGCAGCACCGCCAGGGCCGACAUGUAUAGUAAAAAUGAGAAGUUAUAUAUACCUGCAUUCCUUCAAUAUCUUUUCUUUCUUGUAAAUAAGAAUUCUGUAAAUAUGGUAUGGAUAGCUAACAUAACUUCUACAUGCUAAGCAAUAACAUGACUAAGUGUGUGCAUUCUGUUCGAACCAAA